GCCUAUAAAUACAGAUAGCCUACCCUCUCUCUCGAUUAAUGCUAGCUAACCGCAGCCAUAGCUAGCUUCUUCUUCUUCUUCUUAGAGAGAGAGGCUAGAGAGGAGAAUGGGGAAGCUGGUGAGCAAGAGCUGGCAGGAGUCGAAGCUGCUGUGGCACAUCGCCUUCCCGGCCAUCCUCACGGCCGUCUUCCAGUUCUCCAUCGGCUUCGUCACCGUCGGCUUCGUCGGACACAUCGGCCAGGUCGAGCUCGCCGCCGUCACCGUCGUCGAGAACGUCAUCGAGGGCUUCGCCUACGGCGUCCUGCUGGGCAUGGGGAGCGCGCUGGAGACGCUGUGCGGGCAGGCGGUGGGCGCCGGGCAGGUGGAGAUGCUGGGCGUCUACAUCCAGCGCUCCUGGCUCAUCUGCAUCGCCACCGCGGCGGCGCUCGCGCCGACCUACGUCUUCACGGCGGGGAUCCUGCGCGGGCUCCGGCAGCCGGGCGACAUCGCCGACGUCGCCGGGCGGUACACCCGGUGGGUGAUCCCGCAGCUGUUCGCCUACGCCGCCAACUUCCCGCUCCAGAAGUUCUUCCAGUCGCAGAGCAAGGUCUGGGCCAUGACCUUCAUCUCCGGCGCCGCCCUCGCCCUCCACGUCGUCCUCAACUACGUCUUCCUCACCCGCCUCGGCCACGGCCUCGUCGCCGCCGCCCUCGUCGGCAACCUCACUUGGUGGCUCAUCAUCCUCGCGCAGUUCGCCUACCUCGUCUCCGGCUGCUUCCCGGACGCCUGGAAGGGCUUCUCCAUGCUCGCCUUCAAAAACCUCACCGCCUUCGUCAAGCUCUCGCUCGCCUCCGCCGUCAUGCUCUGCUUGGAGCUGUGGUACUACACAGCAGUGCUCAUCCUUGUCGGCCUCCUGAAGAAUGCCAAGCUCCAGGUUGACGUCAUGUCUGUUUGCAUCAAUUACCAGCUCUGGACCUUGAUGGUUGCACUGGGCUUCAAUGCAGCAGUCAGCGUGAGGGUGUCGAACGAGCUGGGGGCGAACCGGCCAAAGGCGGCCAAGUUCGCGGUGGCGAUGGCGGUGUCGACGUCGGCGUUCAUCGGCGCCAUCUUCAUGGCCGUGUUCUUCAUCUGGCGGAAGCAGCUGCCGCGCUUCUUCAGCGACGACGCCGACGUGCUCCGGGAGGCCGCCAAGCUCGGCUUCCUCCUCGCGGGGACCAUCUUCCUCAACAGCAUCCAGCCCGUCCUCUCAGGUGUGGCGAUAGGAGCAGGGUGGCAGUCGCUGGUGGCGUUCAUAAACAUAGGCUGCUACUACCUCGUUGGCAUCCCACUGGGAGUCCUCUUUGGCUUCAAGCUCAAGCUCAAUGCAAUGGGGAUUUGGGUGGGUAUGUCACUUGGCACGCUGCUUCAGACAGCUAUACUCGCCUUCAUUUCCUUCAGAACCAAAUGGGAGAGACAGGCCAUGCUGGCAGAGGAGAGGAUCAGAGAGUGGGGAGGAAGGAACGACGACGCGCUGCCGUCCACGACAUCGACGGCUGAUAAUGAAAACAAUGUAGAUAGAUGAUCUCAUCAGAUUGGUUAAUUAAUCCCCCUCUGCAAAUUGAUUAACUUGCAGCUAGCUAAUAGUAGAGUUAUUUAUACAUACACACACAAAGAGAUACAAGAUCAAUAGGAUUGUAGCAGAAUUAUUUUUGUACAGAUUCAUACGUAGAGAUUGGGGCUCCAUCGGUUUUAUAGGUGCUCAACCUCAGUACAGCUGCUUGGAUUUCGUUUGUCUUGCCUUUCUUUUCUUCCUUUUUCGUUGGAAGAUCAGAUGGACAUUAUUGUACUACUGAGGUUAAUUUUCACUUUUUAAGUGAUCUCUCUGAGCUCCCUAAUUUCAAACUUCUAUUCAUUUGGAAA